UAAACCCGUUUUACGCGAGCAUGACGGAUUUGAAGUGAAAUGUUUUAUGCUUUUCAUUAAAUUGAGCAUGCCUACUUGAAAUUUAAGUGACUGUCCUGAUGAUCUGAAAGUGAUUGUGAAUUGUGAUUUUCCUGUAAACUUCUGCCUGUUUUGUCUCCGAUGUGGUCAUGUUAUUCGUGACCCUGCUAGUGGGGGAGGUUAUAAACACUAGCACAUGUCGGCACAUGUCGAUAUGUUAUUUGUGACCCCGCUAGUGGGGGAGGUUACAAACGUUAGCACAUGUCGACAUGUUCGUGAUAGAACCGGUUCGCUCGUGGCCCUACUAGUGGGGAUUAUACACUAGUACUCGUGUGCCUGCCAGUGGGAGGUUUAUAAACGCUGGCAUGACCUAUAGAGGAGACAUCUAUUUCGUGCCCGUACUGUAUUCGUUUUUCGUGAUUGCACUUGUUGGCAUGCUAUAAGUUUAAUUAAGGGCAAUCCAUAUUUUACUUACUGAGUUAUCUCACCUCGUUUUUCUCGUCCACCAUUUCAGGUAGUGUGCCCCGAGACUUGGAAAUCAAGGGAAGUGACGUGAUAAACGGCUAGCCACUUGAGAUUUGACAUAGAUUUUAGAUACAUGUACACCACGCUCUUGUAAGUUAGAUUUUAAUUUGAAAUUUUAUGGUAUCAAAACUAAUUUUGUUCAGUAAGUUCCGAGCCUUGUGCAUUUGUGGAAUCCGUCUCACGAGUGCACGGCGUCUAUCGCACCUUGGAUUCGAGUUCUGGGACGUGACGAAAUGUGUCAAAAAAUGUAUUGAACCGAAUGUGUACAAUCACUUUCCUAAUGCUUUUUUUAUUUUAACGAUAAAUCACUUAUUAUUAU